UGCAACAACUGCAACCCCAACAACAACAACAACAACUGCAGCCCCAACAACAACAACAGCGGCCCCAACAACAACCACAAAAACCACAACAGCUGCCCCAACUACAACCACAACAACUGCCCCAACAACAACAAAACACAACUGCUGCCCCAACAACAACAACUGCCCCACAACAACUGCCCCAACAACAACCACUGCUGCAACAACAACGGCUGCAACAACAACCACAACAACUGCAGCCCCAACAACAACCACAACAACUCCAACAACAACCACAACAACAGCUGCCCCAACAACAACCACAACAACUGCCCCAACAACAACUACAGCGGCCCCAACAACAACCACAACAACUACAACAGCUGCCCCAACAACAACCACAACUGCCCCAACAACAACCACAACAACUGCCCCAACAACAACAACCACAACUGCUGCACCAACAACUACAACUGCAACCCCAACAACAACAACAUCAACUGCAGCCCCAACAACAACUACAGCUUCCCCAACAACAACAACAACAGCGGCCACAACAACAACUACAACAACUGCCCCCACAACAACAACUACAGCUGCCACAACAACGACCACAACAACUUCCCCAACAACCACAACAGCUGCCCCAACAACUACAACAGCUGCCCCAACAACAACCACAACAACUGCCGCAACAACAACUACACCGGCCCCAACAACAACCACAACAACAACUACAGCGGCCCCAACAACAACCACAACGACCACAACAGCGGCCGCAACAACAACAACCACAACAGCUGCCCCAACAACCACAACAGCUGCCGCAACAACAACUGCAGCUGCCCCAACAACGACCACAACAACUGCCCCAACAACCACAACAGCUGCCCCAACAACCACAACAGCUGCCCCAACAACAACCACAACAGCUGCCCCAACAACAACUACAGCGGCCCCAACAAAAACCACAACAACCACAACAGCUGCCCCAACAACAACCACAACAACUGCCCCAACAACAACAACCACAACAACUGCCCCAACAACAACAACCAC